ACACAGGAAGAAGCAUGAAAAGAAAAUAAUAAGAUGAAAUAAUGAAGCAAAUAUUUUGAAAUCCAAGAAGCAAAGAAGGCAUUUCAUCUCUUUCUUUUUCCCAAGGAGACAAAUUUCCUAAACUAAUGGGGCGUUGGAUGAAACCUGAGGUGUAUGUGCAGGUUUACCCUCUAAUGGCGGCAAUGACAUUUGUGACCAGUAUGUGCGUCUUUCAAUUAACACGAAAUUUGAUAAGGAACCCUGAUGUUAGGGUGAGCAAAGCUCGAAGGAACAUGGGAGUGUUAGAGAACCCAGAAGAGGGAGAAAAAUACGUAGAGCAUGGGCUGAGGAAGUUCCUUCGCACUCGACCACCGGAGAUUAUGCCAACCAUCAACCACUUCUUCAGUAGCCAAGAUAAAUCAUCAUGAAUUCCCCGUUAAAACUCCAAUAAUAAUAAUAAUAUCAUAUCAAACCGGUAAAAAUUCAUGUGCAAUUAUUUUCAUUUAAAGUUGAUAUUUAAAAAUCGUUAAAUAAUAAUUUAAUUAAAUUUAUUAAAUUAUCUAACGAUUUUUAAAUAUCAACUUCACGACUGCAUGCGAGUUUUCAGCCAUCAAACCUUACUUCUCAUUUGUGUAUUUUACUAUUUUGCAAGCGUCUGUACGUUGUUAGUGUCCAAAAAUAAGAUCAUUUUAGGUAAGAGAGAGGGAGUGUGUGUGUGUUAGUUAACGUUGGUUUAAAUUUAAAACAAAAAAAAAAUGUUGAACAUAUCAAAUUUUUUCCUUUCAUAUAUAAAAAUUGGUUGUUAGUUUACGAUGAAAAAUAUAUCU